UUUUACCUCCCACUUCCCAUAGCCCUAUUCUAUUCAAACGCUAGUCUUGGAUUCUUGGUUCUAGUUUCUUUGCCUCGAAACUUUUCCUUUUGGCCUUUUCUCUUCUUUCCUCGAUACCUAUCACCCCUACUCCUUACGCUACACUAAAAAAACAAAUACUCACACUCCCAAGUCAAAACGCUAUAAUUUCCUGACUACAAAUACCCAUUAACCCACACUCUAUUUUCUUGAAAUAUCAUUGGCUUAAUUUUCUGAGUUUUGGAACUCCAGUAUAAAAAAUUCCCCAUAUUUCAUCGAAUACUAGCUGAUUUGAAUCCAUAUAUUUUUGGAGUGUGCAACUUUGGUUGUUCUUUCCUUCGAGCUAGGAUAGAUCCUAUCAGAAACUAGUCCCAGAAACAUCUUUCAUUUAUCUGGACCUAGACUGAUCUUUACUCCUGUUUGUUAGAGAGAAAAUGGUGCAACUGCAACAGGAGGGCGAAAAUGAACACAAGGGUACCAAUUUUUUCAUCAAUGACAAUAUUGACGUGCUGAUAGAGAUAUUGCAAAGGCUGGAUGGUGGCUCCUUAGGGGUUGCUGCAUGUGUUUGUAGACUUUGGUGUUCCAUCACUAGGAACGACUCUCUCUGGGAACACCUCUGCUUCCGCCACGUGUCGCCGCCUCCGGAUGGUGUAAAGACGGUGGUGUUGGCUCUAGGAGGGUACCGGAGACUGUACAUGGUGUGUGUUAGGCCAGUUUUGGACCGACUGAAGAAGUGGAAAAUAGGAAAGGAGUCUGACUCGGAAGUUGUUAGAAGAGUUUGGACACGGCAUGAAGUGGAACUUUCGUUAUCGUUGUUUUGUGUGGAUUAUUAUGAAAGGGUGUUUUUGGGUGGUGGUAGCGGUGGUGGAAACAGCGGAGGAAGACUCAGAGGUGGAGGUAGCGGUGGCGCUGCGGCAGCAUCGUCGCUUAUGUUCCUUUGCAACGCCGUGAACGUUUGAAAAGUUGAAAUCAUUUCGAUCACUAUAAGUAUAAGGUAGCGAAAAGAACGAUGACAUAUUAGAUAAAGCAAGGUCAUCUUUUUAUGUUUGCUAGUUUUAUUUUUCAUUUUUGGUAAUUGAAAUUUCUUGUAUUUGUUCCCAAUGGAGUAUUAUUAAUUAUUACUAGCAAUAAAUAAAGAAAAU